GCUGUGACUGACGCGGCCGAAAUCACCGCGGGUCGGGGCUAUAAAGAGGCCCCUUUCCGCGAGUUCUCUUCUCUUCCUCUCAUCAUCACAUCUUCACUCGAGAUCAAUUGACCCUCUCAUCCACACAUCUCACCAUCACAAUGUCAAACAACGACUUCUACGGCAACUCGGAGGGCUACCGUCCCAACGAGGGCGACAACCAGGGCUACGACCAGCAGCAGCAGGGCGGCGAGGGCCAGUCCGGCGAGCGCGGUCUCGGAAAGGAUCUGCUCGGAGCCGCCGCCGGUGGCUUCCUCGGCCACAAGGUCGGCGAGAACUCCGGCCACGGCACGCUCGGAACCCUCGGCGGUGUCGUCGCGGGCGCGGGCCUGACUGAUUUCAUCUCCAACAAGUUUGGCGAGCACAAGCAGGGCGGCCACAACGGCGGCCAGCAGGGUGGCUACGGCGGCCAGCAGGGUGGAUACGGCGGCCAGCAGGGUGGUUUCGGCGGGCCCGGUGGUCCUCCCCCUGGCGGACGCGGCGGUCCCGAGGGCGGAUUCGGCGGUCAGCAGGGCGGAUACGGCGGACAGCAGGGUGGAUACGGCGGCCAGCAGGGCGGAUUCGGAGGUCCUGGAGGGCAGCAGGGUGGAUUCGGUGGUCCUGGCGGCCCCGGUGGCCCUGGAGGUCCCGGUGGUCCUGGAGGAUUCGGUGGACCCGGUGGUCCGCAGGGAGGAUACGGUGGCCAGCAGGGUGGACGCUGGUAAGCACCAUCAUCGCGUCGCUACUUCACCUUUUACACACACAGAAAACCACAAAAGGCCGGUGUUUACUAUUGAUUACUUAUCCUGAAUACUGCAUUGUACAUUGUUAGAAUAUAAUUGAAAAUCAAUCAAUUGUCAAAUCAUCUACAUUCCACGU